AAGCAAGCUGUCGAUGCUCUGGGGAGUGUCAGUUCCAACUGGAAUGUGUAAGAGCACUAAGGGCACACACGCAUCCCGAUUAAGCUUCUGAAGUGUUGAACAAAACCGUAUCUAGUGACUGUUUGUGUAUUUCCAUCUUGAAGCGUAAAGUGUGAAAGCACAGGCGAUGGUUAGUGCGAACGGAUACGUGAAGAUGGCGAAAAAGGGAACCAUCUUCAUGGUGGUUUGCAUCGGGCUAGUUGCUACCGUGCAGAGUGUUGCCUCGCUGGCUCAGGAACGCCGCAACCUGGCGGCCGAAGCGUGUACGGAUGAUGUCGGCGAAAGACAAUACUAUUCCGAUCGACGUAUCGAUCGCUUGGAUCAGGAUCAGGAACAACGGCUGCUGCUGUUUAAUCGGGUCGACAGACAGGGAGUGGAGGAGGCGGCGGAGGGCCGGCGCAUGAAAGUAGACCAUCGCGGAUUUGAGCGGUUCGUUGACGCUACUAGACGUGAAGAACUUUCAAACCGUGAGGCUACCGAUCGUGUGCUGGUCGGGCGCGAGCGGCGUGAGGAGGGCGUGACUGUAACCAGGCGUGACGCUGAACGACGUGAAAAUCGACUUGAAGAGCGUAUGGAGAACCGUCGUACAGAUCGCCGUGACGAAAGACUACAGGAACGCCUCGGAGAGGAUCGCCGAAGGGAGGAACGCCGUGAGAACCUCCGAGAGCAACGUCGUGAAGAUCGUCUUCUAGACCGUGAAGAUAGAUUGGAUGGACAACGGAAGGAACGCCGCGAGGAACGCCGUGAGGAUCUCCGAUACAACUAUCGUGAUGAACGACGAGAACAACAGGAACUUCGUGAAGAUCGUCGACAAGAACGCGAUGAAGAGCGGCGCCAGGAUCGUCGUGAAGAUAGGUUAGAUGAACGACGAGAAGAACGUCGUGAGGAACUUCGAAGCAACUACCGUGACGAUGAACGACGAGAACGUCGAGAGAACCAACGAGAUGAACGUCGUGAAGAUAGACGUCAAGACCGGCUAGAAGACCGGCGCCAGGAUCGUCGUGACGAUAGGUUGGAUGAACAGGAACGUCAUGAGGACCGCCGAGAGGAACGUCGUGAAGAUCGCCGUGAAGACAGAAUUGAAGACCAGCGGAACAACCGAGAUGAACGACGGGAGGAGCGACGUGAAGAGCUCCGAGAGGGUCGCCGUCAAGAACGUAGAGAAGAUCGUCGGGAGAAUGCUCGAGAGGGCCGUCGCGAGGAAAGGAUGGAGGACCGACGUCUAGAACGCCGUGUAGAUGACCGAAGAAACAACCGGGAAGAACGUGGAGAGGACAUGCGAGAAGAAGAACGACAGGCCGAUCGUCGCGUCCGCGACAGGGAAGAACGUAUGGACCAACUUCGCGAAAGCCGUCGCCAAGAUCGAAGACUGGAACGUCGCGAGGACAUGCGCGAGGACAUGCGCGAGGAAGGUCGUCGUGAAGAACUCCGAGAGAACUACAGGGAUGAACGCCGUGAGGACACUCGCCGUGAGGACACUAGCCGUGAGGAGCGUCGUGAAGAACGUCGCGAGGAAGACCUUCGUCGAGAUCGGCUAGACGAACGUCGUGCAGAGCGUGAGGAUCGACGAGUUGAGCGUCGUGAAGAUGAGCCUCGCCAGGAGCGUCGAAUCCGUCAGGAAGUGACCGAUGAACGUCGUGCUGAACGCCGGGAAAACAAUGAACGUGCCGAAGAAGCCGAACGACGUGAAACCCGUAACGAUAGACUGAACCAAGCUGGACGCCGUUUUGAUGGCCGUGAAAAUCGUGCUGAGCGUCGCACUGUACGUGAAUUGAAGCAUAUGGACGAUAUGACUCGUGGCGAGGACAAGCUGGCCGCCUUCCAGCAGGAAAAUGCGUUCCUCUAUCAGCUGUUACAAACUGCAGCCCUCGUCGCUGUGGCUGGUUACUGGCUGCUGAAGGGUACGGGUGGAUCCAGCCCCGAAGGAGAAGAGCUGAAAAAGAAAGCAGCUCCUUGCUCCAUGAUGGAAUCUUUCGGCAAGCUGCUUGCCGUCGGAAAUGAGUAAA